CCACAAAAAUGAAAUGAAAUGAAAUUCCCUUGAAUGGUAAAAUGCAGAGAUUGAGGAAGCUUUGAUCAAUCAAUCAAUCAGGCUCAGAAAUUGAAGGAAACAUACUUGUGAGUUGUGAAUAAAAAGGAAUCACCAUUGCCUAUUCAACCCACUACUUUAGAGAAGAAAAAAAAAAAAAAAAGAGAGAGUGAGAAAAAAUAAAACGCGAAAGAAGUGAAAUUGAAUAAAACUAUUCCCUCCUUCUCUUCCUCUAACUGCUGAUCCACCGACAACCGUAGACGGAGGAAACCACCGUUCACCAGAUCUCACAAUGAACGAUUUCGAUCGUUUAUUAGCUACUGAAUUCGGUUUGAAACCUCAAGGCAAAUCUUCACCAAUUUUAUCAUCAUCAUUCAAAGGAUCUUCCAAUUUCACCAAAACUUCCUCUCUCAACUUCGAUUCACAUUCCCGAUCCUUUCACUCUUCCAAUCAUGAUUCCGAUUCCUUCUCCGAUCUCUUCAAUUCCAAUCCCAUCUCUCGUAGCACCUCUGGUUUUGCUUCCACGUCCGUCAACUUGCCUGUUUAUGAUAAACCUCUUUACGACGACGACGACGGAAGUGCCGCUGCGUUUGAUGAUCUUCUCGGUGGAUUUGGGAAUAAUAAGCCUUCCCGUCAAAGGCCCACUCCUGAUAUUGGUUCAUCAUCAGAAUCUACUUUCAGUGAAUCUAAAACAACCUCCAAUGCAACAGAAGACCCUUUUAAGAUAUUUGAAUCAGCUUCCGCUCCAAAUGAUUCAUCCUCAGGCCACUUUUCAGACCCAUUAGAAGAUAUUAGUAAUUUUACUAGUUCUAGAAGCACAAAAAAUGAUGGUUUGUCAAAUUCUAAUGGCACAGUAUAUGAUGAUACUGAUCCCUUUGAUGGACUUGGAAAUUCAGUACCAGCAUUUUCAUCAGAGAGGACUGGCAGGAAUGGCACCAAUUCCCCAACACCGAGGUCAAACACAAGUUCAAGUUGGACCAGAGAUAAAGAAUCAAUUAAAAAAUUGUCUGUGAGGAGUCCUCAUAGACGGACACAUAACAAGAUUCCUGCUGAACAUGAUCAGGAGUUUCAUCAAGCUCCAUAUGGCAUGCCUAAAUAUUCAUCUGAUUCUAAUAAACCAGUAGUUGGCCAAAUGCCUACUUCCCCUUCUUAUGUUAAUGAUGGAUUUAGACCCAUCAAUUCUCGGGCAGAUAUGUCUCCAAAAUAUGAAGAAAAUUUGGCCUCAGAUCAUGAUGACAUAUGGCUAACAGUAUCAGAGAUUCCUCUUUUUACACAACCAACUUCUGCUCCACCACCUUCAAGGCCACCUCCUCCUCGACCAGUACAUAUUCCCAAGUCAAAAGAGAGAGGCAGGUCAGACCAUGAGCAGCAACAAAAGGAGACGGAGGAUAUAGAGCAGAGAAGAAUUGAGAGGGAAAGGAAGGAGAAAGAAAGAGAACGACAGAGACUUGAGAGGGAAAGAGAAAAUGAAAGACAGGCUGUGGAAAGAGCUACUAGAGAAGCACGUGAAAGAGCAGCUGCUGAUGCUCGCCAAAGAGCUGAGAAGGCUGCUGUUGAGAAAGCUAAUGCAGAAGCUAGAUUGCGUGCUGAAAGAGCCGCUGUUCAGAGGGCACAAGCUGAAGCCCGUGAAAGGGCUGCUGCUGAGGCAAAGAAAAGGUCUGAAAAGGCUGCUGCAGGGGAAAAGGGGAGAGAAGCACGAGAAAGAGCUGCAGCUGCAAGGACCGAAGCUGAAGCACGAGUUAAAGCAGAACGUGCUGCUGUAGAAAGGGCUGCUGCAGAGGCCCGAGAAAGAGCUGCAGCUGCUGCAAGAAUGUACCAGCAAAAAAAUGAAAACGAUCUUGAAUCGUUCUUCAGCGUGAGGGGACGGGCCAAUAGCGCUCCAAGGCCUCCUAGGUCUAAUUCUUCGGAUUCAGUUUUUGAUGUAAAAUUUCAGUCAGAUGUAAACCAGAAACCUACAACUGUGUCUUCAAACAUAAAGAGGGCACCAUCAUCACCUAAUAUUGUUGACGAUCUUUCCUCAAUUUUCGGAGCUUCUCCCUCAGCUGGAGAAUUUCAGGAAGUUGAAGGCGAAAGUGAAGAAAGACGAAAAGCCAGGUUGGAACGCCUUCAGAGGGCUCAGGAGCGUGCAGCAAAAGCAUUGGCUGAGAAGAAUCAACGGGACCUACGGACACAGAGAGAGCAGGAUGAGAGACAUAGGCUUGCGGAAACACUGGAUUUUGAAGUUAAGCGCUGGGCUGCAGGAAAAGAGGGGAACUUGCGUGCUUUACUCUCCACCUUACAAUAUGUAUUAUGGCCUGAAUGUGGUUGGCAGGCAGUUUCUUUGACUGAUCUUAUUACAGCCGCUACUGUUAAAAAGGCUUAUAGAAAAGCUACACUGUGCAUUCAUCCUGAUAAAGUGCAGCAGAAGGGUGCCACUCUUCAGCAGAAAUAUAUUGCAGAGAAGGUUUUCGAUCUACUAAAGGAAGCAUGGAAUAAGUUCAACUCAGAAGAGCUUUUUUAAUUUCUGACGAACUUCACAACUUCAGGGAAGUUUGUACUUUGUAUAGCCAAUUCCAUGUGGGGAGGCAACAGCCGUGAUUCAGCUACCUCUUACAUUAUCUAAUUGUUUUGAUGUUGCCUCAAUGGUGAAAAAUUGGUUUCAUUGUGGUGAAAAAUUGGUUUCAUUGUUUAGGCGUGAGGAUGCCCAAAGGUUACACCGGGGAGUAAUCUUUGGUGUAAUAUAUGCUAUUCCGGGGAAGUUGGGUUUAUAUGGAUGCUUAAGAGUGUUGCAUAUAUUAUUGUAAAAUAUCAUUUUGUGGGGAUCUAUGUCACAAUUUAAUUCAUUAUUUAUGUCUAGUGAAUAGCUCAUAGCUCAUGAGCGAUUUUUGUUUCCUUUCAAUUUAUUUGUGAUAUAGUAAAAUCUGAAUGCAUCAUAUGCAUAUUA